AUGCUCGACUUGAAUACACUUGAUGGGUCGACUUGGGAUGUCGUGAUAUCAGGGACCGGUCUCCCCCAGGCCGUCCUGGCCUUGGCACUAUCACGAUCCGGCAAGAAGAUCCUCCAUAUUGAUAAAAAUGACUAUUACGGUGGCUCCGAAGCAGCCUUUAGUCUACAGGAAGCAGAAGAAUGGGUGAAGAAAGUAGAUCAGGUACCUAACUCUAUGCCCUUCGAAUCUGCAUCGAUAUCACGGCCUACCUUUUCGGAGGGUGAAAAGAGCCAACUGUCAUUCUCACGUGCAUAUACACUAUCACUAUCACCGCAGUUGCUCUUUUCCCAGUCCAGGUUUCUUCCGUCACUGGUAUCCUCCAAAGUCUAUCGUCAGCUCGAGUUCCAAGCAGUAGGAAGCUGGUGGAUAUAUCAACGUGGAGCCGAUUCCGAGUCAGCUAGAUUGAGGCGUGUGCCUAGCAGCCGUGAAGAUGUGUUUACUGAUGAUACUAUGAGUAUGAAAUCGAAACGAUCUCUAAUGAAGCUUCUCAGGCAACUCAUACCGCAUGGGAAAGAUGAGGAUGCUGAACCGGAUCAAGUGGGAGACCGGGACAUAUUGUUCCAAGACCUUCUGGAGACUAAAUAUCGCAUCCCUUGCGAUUUAUUUGAUCCGCUGCUCUCAUUAUCUCUUUCCCUAAAGAGCAUCGAUAAAACCAGCUCUGUGGACGCUAUACCGAAUAUUAAAAGGCAUCUCACUUCCAUUGGGGUCUUUGGACCUGGUUUUGGCGCUGUUUUUACGAAGUGGGGAGGUGGAGCUGAAAUUUCCCAAGCUGCUUGCCGUGCCUGCGCCGUUGGGGGAGGCAUAUAUGCUCUCGGCAAGGAAAUCAAGAAGGUUGACGUGCUCACAGAUGAUAGUGAAAACGAAAAACUUCAAAUACAUCUCACGAACAACGAAUCCGUAAAGAGUAGAUAUGUCGUUGGAUCUACAUGGGAUCUCCCUGGACAAAUACACAGGGCAAGGGGCCUUCCCUACUCCGCCCUUACACGAGCUAUUUUGGUUGUUGAUUCAUCAUUGGAAAUUCUAUUUCCACCGACCUCAGAGAAUGGACCUAUUCCCGCCGGCGCGGUUGUCACUAUUCCAUCGCCAAAUUCCGGCCCUCCUACUUAUCUCCUGAUACACUCGAGCGAUACUGGGGAGUGUCCUCUUGGCCAAUGUAUCAUUUAUGGCUAUGUUCUGUUACCGGCAGCGGAGGGUCGGCCUGUACUUGAACAUGCAGUGGACCACAUCCUGAAAUCCGCAGAUGUAAACGCAAAGGUACUGUGGCGUGCAUACUUCACUCAACUGGGCCGCCUGGGGGAUGAAAAGGUCACUGAUGAGUUCCUAAGAGGGGCUCACGACCACGUCUUUACUUUUCCGGCACCUGCCCUUGACCUGGCCUUUGAAGAUGGCUUGAUUGAUCAAGUUAAGCUAGUAUGGAAAGCGAUUAUGGGUGAUGCGGCUGAUGAGAAUGACUUUCUAAAGUUUGACGAUCGAGAGGGUAUAAUCGAUGAAGAGGAAGUGAGGGAGACCAUAUAGCAUAACACCUAGUUCAAAGCCACCAAUACCCUGAGACAGAUAGAUAUUCUUUCGAAUGUUAUUUAUAAUAAUAUUAGAAGGCAAUCUAUCAAAG